GCGAAUACAAGUUCGAUUGAGUAGCCAGCGCUUAGCUAAUCGAAAUGGCUACUAUUACCAAAGUUAUGUACUUAGUCGUCCUUUUGAGCAGUACCUACGCCAAACCUGGUUUUGACCAACACGAUCACCAUGCAACUCUUGAACACCACGAUGAUCACCAUAUCGCCAAUAUUGAGACAGCGCCAAUAGGCCUAUCUGCUCCAAGCGCUGGUGGAUCUAGUUUUGCACCCAGCAGCUUCCCAGCUGGUUCGCUGCCUUCUGCUACUUUCUCCGGGGCUGGAUUAAUAGGGGGAGGCCAUGGUGGUGGAUUUGGAUUCGGUGGAUUUAACGGUGGCGCAGGAGGUGGCUUCGGAGGUGCCAUUGGUGGACCUCAGGGUAUCUUCCCCGGCGGUGAUGGACCUCCUGCGGGUCUCAAAUCACCAGUUAUUGAUGAGAUCCAUGGACUCGCCAACAACCAUGGAGCUCCUACGCAGUAUCGCAUUCGUGAGGAACCCUAUGAAGUAUACCGUGAAGUGACCCACCGUGUGCCUCAGCCUGUGCCAGUUCCGGUACCUCACCCCGUCCAAGUUCCCGUGCCCCAUCCCUACCCAGUUCAAGUUCCCGUCAUAAGGAAAAUCCCAGUGCCAGUAGUAAAAAUCCAACACGUGAAAGUCGAUAGGCCAGUGCCUUAUCCCGUAGAGAAGAUCAUUAAGGUUCCAGUUGAGAAGGUCGUAGAAGUACCCGUGGAUCAUCCAGUCCCUGUUGAAAAAAUAGUUGAAGUUCCAAUUGUGAAACUCAUCAAGGUUCCAGUGCACAUUGUGAAGUCAUACCCAGUUCCAGUAGUGAAGACUGUCCACCACAAGGCUCACGUCAGUCACCACCACAGCCACGGCUGGUCCGGCUGGUAA